AUGUCUGGAAAACUCAUCAUGAAGCGUAAGCGGGCGGAUCAACAGCAGACAAAGCGCCCAGAUGAGGAACAGGAGAAUGAAAACACCGCAGAAAAACGCCACAGGAUGGAUUUGGAGCUUAAGCCCGAGCCGGUGGAAUCCGACGACGCUCCAAAUAGUAUAUUAUUCGAAGCGCUGAAUAAAAUCAUAGAACUGCAGGCGGAGCUGGAUGCGUUUGAGCAAGAUUUGGACGAACGGGACGGCUUCGCAGACGAUGCUGAGGAGGAUGCUCAUCUCGAUGCCGAGGUGGCAGCCAAUUUUGCGACGGCGCCACAAAGGAGCGAUGCCGAGGCUUUAGGAUUUGCAAUGUGUGCGCGUGAAACGCUCCUAUUCUUGCAGAGCGAGGGUGUGGAUACGGAAUCGGUGCUGUACAAGACCCUGCUGGGAAAACUAAUGGGCGGAAGCAAUGGACUGUUGCAGGCCUAA